AUGAACCUGAAGAAGUACCUGGUGAGGGCACUGCACCGCCUGCAGAAGGGCCCUGGUUACACCUACAAGGAGCUGCUGGUCUGGUACUGCGACAACACCAACACCCACGGCCCCAAGCGCAUCAUCAAGGAGGGGCCAAAGAAGAAAUUAAUCUGGUUCUUCCUAACGCUGCUCUUUGCAUCCCUGGUGUUCUGGCAGUGGGGGAUCCUCAUCAACACCUACCUCUCCUACAACGUCACCUCGUCUCUCUCCAUUGGCUUUAAGACCAUGAAGUUCCCGGCAGUCACUGUCUGCAAUGCCAACCCUUUCAAGUACUCGGAGGUGAAGCCCCUGCUGAAGGAGCUGGACAGGCUCAUCGAGGCAGCACUGGAGAGAAUCCUGCAGCCAGGGAACAGCAGUGACGACGUGUCCCCACCACUUGACCUGGAGCUCUGGAACCAGAUCCCCCUGGUCCUCAUCGACGAGCACGACAAAGACAAUCCCAUCAUCCUGGACAUCUUUGAGACCAACCACACUGCUGUGGGCACCAACAGCACGUCAGAAGAGAAGAAGUACAAGCUGGCAGUGAAGCUGUGCAGCCACCAGGGCUCUGACAACUGCACGUACAGGAACUUCAGCAGCGCGGCGCAGGCGGUGACCGAGUGGUACAUCCUGCAGUCCACCUCCAUCCUCUCCAAGGUCCCUCUGCACGACAGGAUCAGGAUGGGCUACCAGGCAGAGGACAUGAUCCUGGCCUGUCUCUAUGGGGCUGAACCCUGCAACUACAAGAAUUUCACCCAAAUCUACCACCCAGACCAUGGGAACUGCUACAUCUUUAACUGGGGCAUGGAUGAAGAAGCUCUGAAUUCUUCCAACCCCGGGGCUGAGUUUGGGCUGAAGCUGAUUCUGGACAUCAGCCAGCAGGACUACAUUCCCUACCUGUCCUCUGCUGCUGGGGCCAGGCUCAUGCUGCAUCAACAGAAGAGCUUCCCCUUCCUCAAGGAUCAGGGCAUCUACGCCAUGGCUGGGACAGAAACCUCCAUUGGAGUGCUGGUGGAUGAGCUGGAGCGGAUGGGUUAUCCCUACAGUGACUGCACCAUGAACGGCUCCGAUGUCCCCGUGAGAAACCUCUACAGCCAGUACAACACCUCCUACUCCAUACAGGCUUGCCUGCGCUCCUGUUUCCAAAACCACAUGGUCGAGAUCUGUGGCUGUGGGCACUACAUGUUCCCUUUACCUGAAGGGGUGAAUUACUGCAAUAAUGAGGAUUACCCAGGCUGGGCAUAUUGCUAUUCCUCACUAAGAUCCAGCAUAAAACAGCGUCAGAUCUGCAUUGACUCCUGCAAAGAAACAUGCAAUGACACCCAGUACAAAAUGACCAUCUCCAUGGCAGACUGGCCAUCAGAGGCCUCUGAGGACUGGAUUUUCCAUAUUCUGUCUUACGAAAGGGAUAUGUCAACAAAUGUGACUCUGGACAGGAAUGGGAUCAUCAAGCUGAACAUUUACUUCCAGGAGUACAACUACCGCACCAUCUCGGAGUCAGCUGCCACCACGAUCGUUUGGCUGCUGUCGAGCCUGGGAGGCCAGUUUGGGUUCUGGAUGGGGGGCUCGGUGCUGUGCCUCAUUGAGUUUGGGGAGAUCAUCAUCGACUCGCUGUGGAUCACCGUCAUCAACGUGAUCAGCUGGUGCAAGGGCCUGAAGCAGCGGCGGGCGCGGGCGCGGUACCCGGACGCGCCCCCGACGGUGUCGGAGCUGGUGGAGGCUCACACCAACCUGGGCUUCCAGCCCGAGCCCGGGGGUGCAGGGCCCGGGGCCGAGGCGCUGCCCCCCGAGCCCGGCACGCCCCCCCCCAACUACGACUCCCUGCGCGUGCAGCCCCUGGACCCCCUCGGCCCCGACAGCGACACCGAGUGA